AUGGCGACUACUUUCCCCACAACCCUUUAUCCUUCUUCCCUAGAGUUAACCAUCUCCAUGCCUGGCUUUGCUUCUUCUUCUUCUACUGCGGUGAGGGAUUUUGACAUUAAUCAAGUUCCCUCGGGAGGAGAAGAACAUCGUGAAUACAGUGUGGACGAUGAUGAUGAAAGCAACGGACCGAUGAGGAAGAAGCUCCGACUGAGCAAGGAGCAGACUCACAUUCUAGAAGACAGUUUCCGACAGAAUCAAACCUUAAACCCUAAGCAAAAGGAGUCAUUGGCGUUAAAGUUGAAGCUGAAGCCAAGGCAAGUGGAAGUCUGGUUUCAAAACAGGAGAGCCAGGAGUAAGCUGAAACAGACUGAGAUGGAGUGUGUGUACUUAAAGAGGUGGUUCGGGUCUCUAACCGAACAGAACAAAAGGCUUCAGAAGGAGGUGGAGGAGUUGCGAGCCCUGAGGGCAGUGGGCCCAUCCAAUGGUCGCGAACCGAUGUUAACUGCCACCCUAUCCAUGUGCCCCCGAUGCGAGCGGGUGACAACCACCACUUCCUCUGUCACUCCAGUUCCAGUUGACAGAGGAAAUGGGGUCCACUUCACCACAACCGCAAAAGUGCCACCUAGGUUUCCGACACAACAUCCUUCAGCUGCUUGUUAA